CUUCAUCUACGUCUACAGGAGCAACAGGAUAACAAGAGGUGAUCGUGAUCCUAGUCGUAAUUAUAACCAGUACGUUAUCGAUAAAAAUGGACGUCAACCUGAACCUCGAUACUCAGGUCGUGCCCAUCACCUUGUUCGUUGCCGUGCUCUGUCUGUGCUUGGUAAUCGGCCACUUGCUUGACGAGAAUCGUUGGGUUAAUGAGUCCAUCACCGCCAUCAUCAUCGGGUGUGUUGUUGGGACAAUCAUCUUAAUCACAAGCAACUGGAAAAGCACUCAUUUUCUGAGGUUCGAUGAACAGCUCUUCUUCAUUUAUCUACUCCCACCCAUUAUUUUCAAUGCCGGAUUUCAGGUCAAGAAGAAAAAGUUUUUCCAAAACUUUUUGCCGAUUAUGUUGUUUGGAGUCACUGGUGUUUUCAUAUCAACAUCGAUUGUCGCGGCUGGUUGCUGGUGGGUGUUUCCGAAAUUUGGGCUCAAGGGUUUGACAAUCAGCGAGUAUCUUAGUGUAGGGACCAUUUUCUCAUCUACAGAUACUGUAUGUACGUUACAGGUUUUGCACCAAGAUGAGACUCCUUUGCUAUACAGUCUAGUUUUUGGUGAAGGAGUAGUGAAUGAUGCGACAUCCGUUGUUCUGUUCAAUGCGGUUCAGAAAAUCAAUGCAGAUACACUCGGUGGCAAGGCUGCUCUUCGCAUCUUGCUUGAUUUCUUGUAUUUGUUCUCCACCAGCACCAUUCUUGGAGUCACGGCUGGGCUAUUGACAUCAUAUAUUCUUAGAGGAUUGGGCUUUGGCAGGCAUUCAAGUGUUCGUGAAAUCGCUUUGAUGAUUUUAAUUGCAUAUUUGUCCUACAUGUUGGCAGAGCUAUUUGAACUCAGUGGGAUUCUGACUGUCUUCUUUGCUGGAGUUUUGAUGUCACACUAUGCAUGGCAUAACGUAACAGAAAGCUCCAGAAUCACUACCAAGCAUACUUUUGCAGCCAUGUCUUUUAUUGCAGAAACAUUUAUAUUCCUGUAUGUGGGAAUGGAUGCUCUGGACUAUGAGCAAUGGAAAAUGAGCAUAUUAAGUUUCGGGGCUUCAAUUGGCAUGUAUAGCAGUGUGAUGUUGUUAAUACUGGUUGGACGUGCUGCUUUUGUGUUUCCCCUCUCUCUUAUUUCUAAUUACAUGAAUCGAGUCGGGGAUGGUUCAUCAAAGAUUACAGCAAAACACCAGGUAGUAAUAUGGUGGGCUGGUCUGAUGAGAGGUGCUGUGUCUGUCGCUUUGGCAUUUAAACAGUUUACACUCUCUGGUGUGACACUGGAUCCGAUUGAUGCCACAAUGAUCACCACUACCAUUGUGGUAGUGCUAUUCAGUACUAUUGUGUUUGGUUUCUUGACAAAACCUCUUAUUAGCUACCUACUUCCUCCUAACACAAGCAACAUCGACCGAACUAGAUCUUUAAAAGAGGAUAUGACACUUCCAUUGCUUUCUUUUGAAGAAUCAGCUUCUGAAAAUCUAUCUAGAGCAAAGGAAAACAUAUCAAUGCUAAUAGAAAGGCCUGUUCACACAAUCCACUCAUACUGGAGGAGGUUUGAUGACACUUACAUGAGGCCUAUAUUUGGCGGGCCACCACGCAACACCGACUUGCCAUAGGAUCACUCUUUACGGAAAAUAUAAUUCUACCAGACAUAUAAGAGAUAUGUCAUCAGGGAAAAUAAAGUGAAUGAAAGAAAAAGAUUUGCCAUGAAAAGUCAAGAGGGGAUAACAGAUGCAAAAUUCACUGAGGUUUAUUAAAAGACCUUUUGUUGAAAUAUUUGUGCGCAUUCUCAAAUUGAUUACAAAGGUGAUGAAUGGAGGUUUUUUUUGUUGUGCGAGAUGGAGAUGAUCUGAAACAGCCUUUAAGAUCAAGCUCUUUUUAUGCCCAACGGCUGCCCAUGUCAUUUACUUUUCUUGCAUACACGCUCGUUUCAGUGUAUUUUUUAUCUGUAGCUUCUUAUAUAAUUUCUUGUACCCUCAGAGGCUGAC